CUCGCUGGCGACUUUCUUUGGGCGGGCGCGCGGGGUGCUCAGGGACACGCCUUCCGCCGAGCAGAACAAAACAAGCCCCGCUCUCGGGAGGCUUGAUCCCGGCCAGCCUGACGGAGAAAGAGCCGGAGCGUAGAAGAGCAGCAAUCAGCAUUCGCCAGGAUGCCGAACUGGGGUGGAGGAAAAAAGUGUGGCGUGUGCCAGAAAACGGUGUACUUUGCCGAGGAGGUGCAAUGUGAAGGCAACAGUUUCCACAAAUCCUGCUUCUUAUGCAUGGUUUGCAAAAAGAACUUGGACAGCACCACAGUAGCUGUGCAUGGAGAAGAAAUCUACUGCAAGUCAUGCUAUGGGAAGAAGUAUGGACCAAAAGGCUAUGGAUUUGGACAGGGAGCAGGGACUCUGAGCAUGGACAGGGGGGAAGGACUUGGGAUCAAACCUGAGCAGCCCCAGCCCCACCAGCCUACCAACAAUCCCAAUGCAUCGAAGAUGGCACAGAAGGUGGGUGGUGCUGACGGCUGUCCCCGCUGCGGACAGGCUGUGUAUGCUGCCGAGAAGGUGGUUGGAGCUGGAAAGUCAUGGCACAAAGCAUGUUUCAGAUGUGCAAAGUGUGGCAAAAGUUUAGAGUCCACUACUCUGGCUGAUAAAGACGGUGAAAUCUACUGCAAAGGCUGCUAUGCCAAGAACUUCGGACCCAAGGGCUUUGGCUUUGGGCAGGGAGCUGGAGCACUUGUCCACUCCCAGUGAAGAGCUGGCCCAUGAGAGACCUUGAAGUCUCCUCUCCAGCACUGAAUGCUUUGCCAAUGCUGAACUCAUCCAGACUGACCCUCAAGGCAAUUUCACCAGUUCUUGCAAAUGUAUUAACAGUAACAGAAUCUGCUGCUUUCCAGUGUAUCACUGGCCCACCUCCUGUUUACUAGCUCAGCAGCCAAUGAUAUAGUCCUGACCCAUACACCCUACAAGGCACUAAAGUUUCCAGUGAUCUGCAGUGGGCUCUAACCUACCAUGGCUCACAUUAAUACAGUGGCCUUCUUAAAUACAGUUUCACGCUUUCAGCCACAGCUGAAACUAUAUACAGCAGAGAGCAUAGCCAUUUCCUUAUAUAAAACACUGUGAUAGCUUCUUCAAAACACCUCUUCCUCCCACCCCUGAGCUAGCAAAGGUUCUUUUUGUGAGAACAUAUUAUAUAUUGUGAUAUUAAGUCUUACUGAAAAGUCAAGUGCAAAAUAUGAAGCUGAUCAAAGAUGAUUGUGAACCACAAGGAUAAAGAGCUGAAAACUAAAACUACUUAGUUUUGUACAAGUGAUACAGAGAAAGAAAGGGAAAAGGUGUAAACAUGCACAAAAAUGUAAAGAAAGCACUUUUCUAGAGUUUGGAGGAACUAUGCAGGCAAAUCCUAAACUCUUGUAACCUUGAACAUUUCAUUUUCAGAAAAAUUACUAAUAUACCGUAGUAUUAAGGUGCUUUUUCAUAUUUGGGAGAAUUUAGAUCAUAGCAGAAUAAGGUUUCAGAGACUGAUACACAGGUGCUUUCCCCAAUGGCAUUGCCCACCAUUCCUGUCACUCCUAGAAGGUGUACAAGUUUGAAGGU